GGCAGCAGGGUCGAAUCAGCAGUGAUCCUUGCAUAUCACGGUUAGCGGUGGACAAACAUGUGUAUGUAAGUAAAAGGGGCGGCCACACUGUGGAGAUCUGGGAUAAGAAGACUGAGAGGAUGAUGAACCUCAUUGACUGCGCACAGUUACUCGGAUUAACUCCCACCAAAAAGCCCAAAGCCCAGAGUGAGGACCAGUCUAGACAAAUGGUGCCGUCUUCGGCGAUUGUUAAAGCUCUGUUGGUCCAGCACAGCGGUACUCUGUGGAUUGGGACCAAAGCAGGACACAUCCUGUUGGUGGAGGUCUCCAGCUGUCAGCUACUGCAGACCAUCAGCCCUCACUGCCACUCCAUACGCUGCAUGGGCUCUGUGCUGCUAGGUACAAUGUGAUAUUCAA